CUUGUGUGCUGUGUUUAGAUGCUUCAGGAGUAGCCCUUGCCAUCUUGGGCCAUCUGGGGGACCCUUGGGCUGGUUAGGGGUCCUGCUGAUGAAAACCCUCUAACCUCAGCUUCCAAGCUCGCUGAGGCAAAGGCAGAAGGGAAACACCAGACAGCACUGUCAGAGGUGCCUCAGAUGUCCCUGCUGUGUCCCCUGUUCUGGACAGAGUUCAAAGGUCACUGCUACAGAUUCUUCCCCAUCAACAAGACUUGGGCUGAGGCCGACCUGCACUGCUCUCAGUUUACCAUUGGUAGGAAAUCUGCCAAGCUGGCCUCCAUUCACAGCUGGGAGGAGAACGUCUUUGUGUAUGACCUGGUGAACAGCUGUGCUCCUGACAUCCCGGCUGACAUCUGGACGGGCCUUCAUGACCACAGGCAGGAAGGGCAGUUUGAGUGGACUGAUGGCUCCCCUUAUGACUACAGUUACUGGGACAGGAGCCAGCCUGGCGAUGGCAUCCAGACAGACCCAGAAGAAGACUGUGUGCAGAUGUGGUACCGGCCCAGUAGCGCUCUGAGGUCCUGGAAUGACAGCAGCUGUCACAGGAAGUUCCCCUUUGUCUGCAAGAUCCCAUCUCCGAGCACUCACUGAUGCACUCCUGUCCCACCCUCCUGUCAUGAACUCAGGAGGUGCCUAGAGCAGAACUCACACAGAGUAAAUGUAGCACACACAGAAGGAGGAGGAACUCUGAGCAGGAACUCCCAACAGGGUCUCCUUAAUUAACCAGUGGCCAUGUGGCCAAGAGACAGCAGGCCAACUCACACAGGUCCCAGCUUCCUGAAUUCAACUGAAUGUAGCCAUCUCAGUCUGGUCUCCAGUUCGUGCUCGAAGUGGUCACUCUGACACAGAUGGACUGGCUAGCCCUGGUGAGGUUCAUGUCGGUGAGGCAGAGUGGAGUGGGAGUUGAGACCCUCUGUGGGGUUCUGGGGAAUGAAACUAAGCUGUUGGUGAGAGGGGAUGAGUUUUGGUUUUUGGUUUUUUUUUUUUCUAUUCACAAGAGUGAGGUUUAGUUGGACAGUGUCCAUGCAGGUAGAAAAAUUGGAUCCAGUUCUAAACUUCCCCCCACCAACCAAUAUGUGACUUCAGGUAAAUUACUUCCCCUGUGAGAAUACUGGUCUGUACAUGAGUGGGAAGGAACUAUGUUCUAAACAUCUAAGGAAUGUUGGCUUUGAGUCGGUGUGUGGGAGCUGGUACUGAUCUUAAUGCCAGUCAGUGAUGGGUCCCCUCCACCACCACCAUGUUUCCUUGCCAGAAGAGCAGGUUGCGUCCAACACACAUGAGAGGGUUUGGAGGAGCAAUUUCUUGUUUCAGAGACCAGCAAACAUUUUUCCAUAAAGGAUUCCACAGCAGAUUUUAAGAUCUGUGUACCUUCCGCAGCUGUGAAACUCUGCCUUUGUUUGGUAGAAGAUGCUACUGGGACUGUAUCUAAAAGCCUAAGCUUCGUGGAAUGCUCAUGUCCAUGCUAGUAACUCUUCUGUCACUGUGACCUGUUGCUGUAAUAAAUG